CGAGAAUCUCUCGAGUCUCUCGGAUACCUACAAUGUAGCAACACCUGCACCAAAAAAAACCCACAACCAUCUUCCACCACCACCGAUUUCCUUGCUCGUCUUUUGCGUCGACACCACCACCACCAACCGCUUUCGUUCACACCAGCCUUCACCCCGCCGCCCAACACUGACAUACUACUCAAACAGGAUGAUCGGUAACUUCAUCAACAUCGUCCUGCCCGUCGCUGGGCUCUUGGGCUUCUCCACUUCGAGCUUCGUCCAUUACGCCGUCGAUGCCGUCCUGGUCAGUGUGUGUCUUUCGGGGAUCAAGCGAAGCACGGGUCUCUCUCCGGCAGUCUCCAAGAUCCAAAACAAAGAGAUCCGGCAAGUCGUCGUCAGUUACCUCGACGUAGGAGAAUGGAUCAUGGACUUCGUAAUCGUCUUCUUGGGUAGAUCGAGUCACUUCGAACGUCGUUAAUCGGCGCCAAAUCUCUUCCUCAGUUUAAACCAGCUCCUUUUUUGAAUCGUCACAUAGAUCCCUAAUUUAGCCUUUGUACUCGUUUUUGUAAUACCAUUAUGGCUUUUGGAUCAAUCCUACCUACCCAGCCAAUCCAGUCUUUUUUUUUCUUUUCUUUGGAGCUGUAAGCUUGUAACUCGUCAAGUCUUGGUUGAGCAGAUUAGGUUUAGUAAUCUACGAUACCAUCAUUGAAAACCUUUAUCUUCU